GCAAACAUUGUAUACAGUCAUUACAGAGAGUGUAAUCGCUGCUUUGGAAUUUGAUUUAAUAAGCAUCUUUAAACGUCUGUUCCCGUUAGUGUACGCCUUGAUGUUUAAUCCCCGCACUGAUCAUUCAACUGUUUAAGACAACCUUUGCUUCUUUCUUGGAAAAAAAAAGAAAAAGAAAAAAUAAACAUUCAAAAUAACGGGAGAAGUGGGAUGAAGUAAAUGGAAAGACAGAACACUGAAUUUGUAUUAAAUACUACUUCUGUAGCUUACCUCCGACAAUGCAUAGAUCUAGCUCAUCAACCCCUGAUUCCGUAUCCAAGAGACAGCAAUCCUACAAUCCGGAGAAAGAACCAAUAAAGGCAAGACCAAAGAGUUGGAAUAAUUGUUUGUUCUCACCUCUUUAUAGUCAUAUUUACGUCUUCGACCUAAAUCUAAUGAUGACAGCCGAGACAGUGAUCCAUACAUCAAAAUACUAGAUGACUACAUGGUCUCAAUGAUUCCACCAGCUGAUUCUAACGCAUAUAGAACCAGAAAUAAGACUCCAGAGAAAUACAGAUUCACCAAGAUAUUUAAUGACACAACAGAUCAGCAAACAUUCUUUAAUGAAACAACUUUGCCACUUAUUCAGGAUGCACUCGAUGGAAAUAAUGCGCUCAUAUUUGCGUAUGGUGUAACGAAUUCAGGAAAGACGUACACAGUGAUGGGAAAACCUGAGGAUCCUGGAUUGGUACCUCGUUCCUUGAGCUUGAUUUUUAAUAGCAUCGAUCAGUACAAGAGCGAAACUAAAUUGAAACCAGCUAUGCAUAGUGCAACAGUUGCGUAUGAUAAUCCAGAAGAAGAGAAUAGACACCUUCUGACGCUUUGUAAUGUUCAGGAACAGUCAAUAAGUGACCAAAAGAUCAAUGUUGAUACAACAUUUGAAUAUGGGAUUUGGAUUUCAUUUAUCGAAGUUUACAACGAACAGAUCUUUGAUCUACUUGAUCCAACGCCAAUAAAGCCAGGAGCCAAAAGAAACCAGCUACAUCUCAAAUAUGAACAACGUACAGGAAACAAAUAUGUGGCAGACAUGAACCUUAUUAAAGUAAAGUCAACCCAUGAAGCGCAUGCUAUACUGUCGUUUGGACAACAGAACAGACGAGUAUUUUCUACAGCGAUGAAUCAAGAGAGCAGUCGAAGUCAUAGUAUAUUUACAAUACAUAUCGUGAGAUGUCCUAUAGAUCAUAAUAAUUUUGUAUGUGAAGAUCCUCAAUAUGCCAUUCUAUCAAAAUUAUCAUUUGUUGACCUGGCAGGAUCCGAAAGAUAUAGAAAUACGCUUAGUUCAGGCCAAAGACUAAAAGAAGCUGGAAACAUCAAUAAAUCCCUCAUGUUCCUUGGACAAUGUAUGGAAAUGCUUCGACUGAAUCAAAUGAAGGGUGAAUGGAAUAAGAGCACUGCGGUCAUACCAUAUAGGCACAGCAAACUAACCGAAAUGUUCAAAAGCGCGUUCGAAGGCGACGGAAAGGCGGCGAUCAUUGUCAAUUUCAAUCCAUUUGACACAAGCUUUGAUGAAAACAGUCAUGUUAUGAAGUUUUCAGCUGUGGCUAAAGAUGUUACGACAGUACGGCAACUGAAAACAUGGGUUGAUCCAAAGAACAUUAAAUCGACAUCAAAGCGCCCGCGUGUUGAGUUAUCUACGGAAACGUUGGAGCAAGACAUCACCUCAAACUCGUAUUAUGAUAAGGCUGGUGAAUACAAAUCGUUUUUGGAAGACUUGAUUUCAAAAUUAGAAGAGAUAAAGAAAGAGCAGAGUUGCAUUGACGAUAUUCGGAACCAAGCAAAACAAGAAGCAUUGAUGGCAUCAGCUACACAAGAGCAAGAUAUAAUGCAACGUGAGCUUGAAAAGUUAAACACAGAUACGAUGGAUGAUCAGAAUGUGCAUAAUAGAGCAUUACUUAAUAGACUUUUAGAAAAGCAAAAACUGAUCAUUGAGGAGAUGAAUACUUUAAAAUCUAAGGCAGAAGAAGAAAGAUUAGAAAAGAAGAGACUUAUGGAAGAGAUACGCCGAUUACAAGAGGGUCAAAAGAACACAGAAUGUUAUGAUAGCAUCAAGAUGAUGAAGAUAGUGAAUAUUCGAGAUUAGAUCCAGAAAGAGACGGACUAUCCGACGAGGAUGAAGCAUUCGCUUCCUUUCUAAGGCUAAGAAAACAGUUACGACGAAGCAUAUUUAAAAAGGACGUGCUCUGUGAAGAUACAGAUGCGAUCAUGAAACAGAUAGAAGCAUUUGAAGGAGUCACGUUUGACCUAGCCA